AUGGAAUGGAAUUCAUUUCAAGAACUUAUAUCUUACUGGAAGCGUAGUACCAUACUAACAGGAACAAAAAGUUAUGGAGAGUUUACUAUCGAUAUUAUAAAUGAUAUUGAUAAAGUUGUCUUAUUUUUGAAUGAUUUUUACGAGACACCUCAAGACUGUGAAUCCCAAUUCCCCAAAGGUGGGACAUUGCUAACAGAUAUGGCGCAUAUUCGAAUUCUUGUGAUGCAUCCGAUUAUAUGUAAAUUACUUAUAAAAUGUAUUAUAGAAUAUUCGAAAUUCUUUUCUAAUUUUCCCGAAACAUUAGAAAAUCCAACUAGUCGUAUAAAGAAUUGGUGCGCAGAAAGAUUACAUGGCUUUCUCGUUCCUCACGUUUUACUUUCGGAUAAUUCUUCGAUAUCCUUAUCUGAUCAUUGUGGAGUAGGAUCAUAUGAUCUUUUUCUUAUGAGCUUUAAUGAAUCAGUUUCAACAAUAACAGAGUUUUUGGAAAGAAUUAAUUCGGAAUGUUUAGUAAUGCCGCCUCAAUAUUUUGUUAAGAUCACCGAGCAAUGUUUAUUAUUUCUGGAAGAUCUAUCAAUGUUGAAAUUUAUCGAUCUCAUAAUACGUACCGCGACCAAAAUUAAUUUGAAUAAUACUUCAUAUUCAAAUGAAUGUGAAGUAUUGUCAUGUGAAUUUGUGGAAAAAUUGAUAUUUUCCGGAUCUUCAACGUUUGAUAAAUUAAGUAUUGAAGCGAAAUCUGGAAUAUGGGCAUCUUGUCCUAUUUCUGUAGAACAUGAGAUUAUGAAAAUUUUUGGAAAUAUUCUUUUUCCUACAGAAAAAGAAGAAUAUAUGACACCAAAUAAUAUAAGAGAAAUCAUUCGGAAUGAACUUUUCUUUGAAAGAAUAUUUGUACACCCAAAAAUAUGUCAUAUUUGUUUUGAUGUAUUAACCAACUUAAUAAACGAAACACCUGAUUGGCGUAUUUUUCGAUUAGUAAGAAUAACAAUACAAUUCAUUUUUGAUGGUUGCAUUACUCGGAAUGAUCAAAAUGAUUCUAUCCCUAUAACAAAGUACUUUUCGAAAUCGUUUUCAAAACUUAUCUUGGUUCUUACGAAUGAAAAUGAAAUUUUUGGAUCACAUAAUUAUUCAAUGAUCAACUCUAGUCUUAAUCAAUUUUUGACAGAUUUAAAUCCUUCAGAUAUUGAGAUGUUUAGAAAAAAAGAAUGGAUAAUUUUAAUGUCAUUUCCAAAAUGGUACUAUUGGAUAAUUAAAUCGAUCUUUGAUAUAGAAAAUUAUCCACAUCUUAAUGAACUAGAAGCACCACUGCAGUAUCUUUCAUGGUUGAUUUAUCCAAGAGAAGACGGUUUUGCAAUUAUUCUCAAAAAUACAUUGAUAGAAAUUAUCAAUUAUAUUAGAGGCAAAUAA